AUGCAGACCACGGUAUCACGUCCACGCGCCGCGUGCCACAGAGCAUAUUGUUCAAAUGGACAAAGUCCCGUGAUUGACACUUGCCGUAACCGCCCGCGCUCCAUGCCGUGGCGUUGCAGGGAUGAUGCUUCAAUCCCCCGUGACAUGUCGAGCACGGUCGUGGUUCAUUCCCCAGGCGCGGGCCUCACGAUCCGCAGCUGGCAUACCUUGUUGACAGGCCACACGCUUGGAACUCAACUGGCAUCACGGAAUGAUGAUGCACGAGCCUCCAAUAUCACUCCCUUUCCUGCGAGGCAUGGAGCUCUUCGUCUUCGUCUCCGUCAUUCGACACGGAGAAAGAGCCAAGCACCAGUCCGUUCACCGAAGAUGCUACAGGAUACACCGCCGAAGCCUGGAAAGCUGCCGAGGAUAUCGAUACGAAAGCGUCGACCAGAGCGGAGGGAAGAUGGUACCACAAGUCCGGCGGCAAGAUCGAGCAAGCUCUACAAUGGAGCAGUCGUGGUCGCAGUCGGUGAUCGUCAGACUGUCAUGCCCAGUCUUGUACGGAACCACGAGAACGGGAGCAUAGGCACUUCUCCAGUCCCCAGCGAAGACACCCGUAUGUUCGACGAAGCAUUGGAAAUCCUCAGCAACCUACCAGAUCCUCCUGCUGCCACACCAGACAAGUCGAGUUGGCAUGGAGCGAAGUUUGCUGUCGAUGAGAUCGUAGGUCAAGGCAAGCGCCAUGACACCACGGUGUACAAGGUGGCAUGGAAGAACUCAAAAGUGCCGACCCGUCUGCUCCGAGCCGAAGAUGGUCGUGACACUGUCAGAUGUGACAAGCAAGAAUACAUUGUUCGUUCGUACUGCCCUGUGAGUCCGGAGCUCGGCGCGAACAACGAGCCACAUCUCCUGAUCGAUUGGAAGUCAACUUGGGAAGACGAAGGCUUCGUUCUUGAAUGUGCAAACCCGCAGCUGGAGGACUUUUUGCGAAAGAUGCGCGAAAGCCAGGAAAUAGAUGAAGCAAGUAGCAAUGAGAGACAAACGAGGACCCAGCAGCAGUCAACAAGUGCCUCUCCUACCAAGCUACGACCACAAGGCAUCGUUUAUUCGCCCAGCUUCAGGCCCGAGAGAAGCCAGGUCUACAAUGAUGCUUUGAGACGUUUACUGCGCGGCGUGGCUGGAGACGUUGGAAAGUUGCUGAGCAUGCCGGACAGUAAUGAUCUGAUCUUCCGGAAACGCUAUCUUCAGAGGACGUUCAAUGCCGAGUGUCCCAAAAUGCGCCGAGCGGCGGCCUUGCAAAUGGUCGGCAUGAUGCAGAAAAAGAAAUGCGACCACUGCACAAGGGGCUUGGGACCCUUCCGAGGUUGUGUUGUGCUGACAGGAUUUGCAAGAGGCGCAUGCGCCAAUUGUCUGUACAGCUCCAGGAUGCCGAUGGAAUGUAACUACCACUGCCAAAGUCGUGCCAAGGACGGGCCGUGGACACCAGUCAGCGCAAGUGAACACGCCCAACGUCGAAGAGAUGCCGUGGCAGCAAGCGACGGGUCUUGGCCUCGUGUCGUAGCAUCGCCAGCUGUGGAUUCCCCAGCCCGGCGCCUCGCUGCGGAGACACAGGACACGCGUGGACAGAGCUUGACACAGCUCGAAGCGAGAGACCCAGAGACGGUGACGUGCGUGUUCGAUGCACGAAGCUCGCCACCGCUGCUAGCCUUAGAGCCACAAAGAUCGGAUGCCGCUCCUGCGAAACAGUCGAAGGUGACUAACAUGCCCGCUCUUGUGGAGCCGCGAUACUUGUCGCCACUGUUUCGCCAUGCGCAAUGCCUACGCUCCAGGUUGCGUUGCGCGGACGCCGUCGCCAGCUACAGCAAUAAACAGCGAAAGGGAGGCCACGUUGCACGUGGGCAGAUCUUCCACGCGGGCGAAGCGUCGGUUGAGCAAGUUCGGUGGUUGACUGCCAUGAGUGGUUGUAGCAUGACCGAAUACAUGCACCGAGCGUGGCUGUGGCGUUUGCAAAAGCGUGAUCUAGAGCCAUUGCCGCUGGGCUGGAGAAAGGAGACGUUCAUCUCGUACUAUCAUUGGGCGGAGCUGAACUGGAUGGCUGACCAAAUCGGUGCGGCGAACAAGCAGAAGAAGAAGGCAGGCAAGAAAGCGAAGCGCGGGCGCGGGCGCGGAGGAAAGUGGGGUCGCCGAGGUUCGCAAGCGUGA